AUGCCUGGUCUCAACCAACCCCACUACCUGGAGCCGUCAACUGGUCUGGGUGGAGUAUGCCCGGAACACCCUUCCCUGUUCUGCAACGGGACUCUCCCCUUUCGAGUGCUCCAUGGGGUAUCAGCCUCCACUCUUCCGGAACAAGAGCAGGAGGCCAGCGUACCCUCGGCCCAGAUGUUUGUCCGGCGCUGUCGACGUACCUGGAGAAGGGCCAGGGUGGCUAUUCUCAAGACCAACUCCAUGUAUCGUCGACAAGCGGACCGUCGCCAGAGGGUCAUCGAUGGCCAGACAGCGUAUACGAUCCCCCAGGUGAGCUAUGCCUCCACGGCUCCAGAGCUGAGUGAUAACACGCGCUACGACUUCUUCUCCCGAGUCGUGCCCCCGGACACCUACCAGGCACAGGCCAUGGUGGACAUAGUUAAAGCCAUGCGCUGGAAUUAUGUCUCCACAGUAGCAUCAGAGGGUAACUAUGGAGAAAGCGGUGUGGAUGCCUUCAUACAGAAGUCCCGCGAAGAGGGAGGUGUGUGCAUCUCUCAGUCAGUGAAGAUACCACGAGAACCUAAGCCUGGAGAGUUUGACAAGAUCAUCCGCAGACUGUCAGAGAACCCCAAUGCACGGGUUGUUAUUCUCUUUGCCAAUGAAGAUGACAUUAGGCGGCUUCUUCAAGCAGCUAAGAAGGACAACCAGACAGGACAUUUCAUAUGGGUGGGUUCAGACAGCUGGGGGUCUAAGAUCUCCCCCAUACUCAACCAGGAGGAGAUGGCAGAAGGUGCUGUUACCAUCCUACCUAAACGGCAGUCCAUCCGAGGGUUUGAUCGCUACUUUAUCAGCAGAACUUUGGACAACAACAGAAGGAAUAUUUGGUUUGCAGAGUUCUGGGAAAACAACUUUCAGUGCAAACUCAGUCGACAUGCUCUGAAGAAAGGAUCCGGCAUCAAAAAGUGCACAAACCACGAGCGGAUCAGGAAGGACUCGUCCUAUGAGCAGGAGGGAAAGGUCCAGUUUGUGGUCGACGCAGUCUACGCCAUGGCUCAUGCCCUGCACAACAUGCACAAGGAGCUCUGUCCAGGCAAAGUGGGCCUCUGCUCCAAAAUGGAAACCAUCAAUGGAACCAUGUUGCUCAAGUUCAUUCGCAAAGUCAACUUUACAGGAAUUGCUGGCACUCCAGUGAUCUUCAAUGUGAACGGAGAUGCCCCUGGUCGCUAUGAGAUUUACCAGUACCAGAUGAAACACAACACCACCGAGUAUAAGAUCAUCGGCCACUGGGCAGACCAGCUCCAUUUAGAUACUAAGGAGAUGUGGUGGCCUGGUGGGACACUCCAGGUACCCCAGUCUAUCUGCAGCCAGCCAUGUUGUCCUGGGGAGAGGAAGAAAACAGUCAAAGGUGUCCCCUGCUGUUGGCACUGUGAGCGCUGUGAUGGCUAUCAGUACCAGGCCGACACCUACAGCUGUAAGAUGUGCCGCUUUGACCUGCGGCCCAAUGAGAACCACACGGCCUGUGAAGCCAUCCCCAUCGUCAAGCUGGAGUGGAGUUCCCCUUGGGCUGUCAUCCCUGUACUCAUUGCUGUGCUGGGCAUCAUGGCCACCAUGUUUGUGGUGGGCACCUUCAUCCGCUACAACGACACGCCCAUCGUGAAGGCGUCAGGGCGCGAACUCAGCUAUGUGCUGCUGACGGGCAUCUUCCUGUGCUACGCCACCACCUUCCUCAUGAUCGCUGCCCCUGACGUUGGCAUCUGCUCCCUGCGACGGAUCUUCCUUGGUCUGGGGAUGAGUAUUAGCUAUGCAGCGCUGCUCACUAAGACCAACCGUAUCUAUCGCAUCUUUGAGCAGGGGAAGAUGUCAGUGAGCACCCCAAGGUUCAUCUCCCCGGCCUCCCAGCUGGUCAUCACCUUCAGCCUGAUCUCAGUUCAGCUCCUGGGGGUGUGUAUCUGGUUUGGUGUGGACCCGUCUCAGGCUAUCAUCGACUAUGAGGACCAACGCACGUCCAACCCGAACAUGGCCCGUGGCGUGCUCAAAUGUGACAUCUCAGACCUUUCUCUGAUCUGCCUGCUUGGCUUCAGCAUGCUGCUCAUGGUCACCUGUACGGUGUAUGCCAUCAAGACCCGGGGGGUGCCAGAGACCUUCAACGAGGCCAAGCCCAUUGGCUUCACCAUGUACACCACCUGUAUCGUGUGGCUAGCCUUCAUACCCAUCUUCUUUGGGACCUCGCAGUCAACAGAAAAGAUGUACAUCCAGACCACAACUUUGACCAUCUCUGUGAGCCUGAGUGCCUCUGUGUCUCUGGGAAUGCUCUACAUGCCAAAGGUCUACGUGGUCCUUUUCCACCCGGAGCAGAACGUGCCCAAUCGCAAGCGCAGCCUCAAGGCUGUAGUCACCGCAGCCACCAUGUCCAACAAGUUCCCCACCAAGGCUGGCCUCCGUCCCAACGGAGAGGCCAAGUCUGAGCUCUGUGAAAGCCUGGAGACACAAGCAUUGGCCUCCAAGCAGACAUACAUCAGCUACAGUAACCAUGCCAUCUAAGAGACAGACAGUGGAACUCCGGCUUGGAAGAAUAGCAAGGACCUGCCCGUGGGGUGAACAAACACCAAAAACUGGAGCACCAAGAUGCAAGAGCAGUGGCAAAGGUGGAGAAAUGAGAAUGAGAAUAAUCACUCAACAUACAGAACUGAUGUCACUAUUUUCAAGAGGACAAGGCAAGGCAAAUAUAUUGAAUGCCAAACAAAAGCAGUGCGGGGUGGGGAAGUGGGGAUGUCAGGUAGACAGUGAUGUCUCCCCUCCCCAUCCUCCUUGUGACAUGUCAGAUACACCAGGCAAUUACAUUUCCAAAUUCAGUCAGAGCCAAUGACUUCAAUUCAGUGUUUUCCUUCUGGAGUUUAUAUAACAGCAUUUCUCUUCUGGUGUUUUGUCUGAAGCUGACUAACACCCUCUUCGGUAAGAGUGAAUUGAGUUUUCUCUUUGUGUGCAGCAGUGUUGUGUCUCUCUCUACCAGUAGUAAUGUGCAAUUAUUUGCCUCCCUUUCUUCUCUGUCCUUUCCAAUGCGGGUGAAAUGCUGAACAUAAUAUCAAAUUAGUCAAAGCUGUCAAAAGUAGAUGAAAAAGUGUGUUGUUGGUGUGGGGUAAGUCUUCAUUCAAGGCCAAAAUAAACAAAUAUUAAUCCUCA